GCACUUUUUCCACUUAAAUUUCUUAUCAAUCCCUGCUCCGAAGGGAUAAAUUCACCCGGGGAUGGAGCAAUUAAGACCUCCCUCUCAUUCUUUCUUCAUAUCAUGUGCGGGGGAAGUAAUUCAGUGAUGAAGAGGCCUGAUUUUCACGAAUAAAGUCAUGGGCGAAGAGGGUCAUGUCGCGAUUGGGCGCAGUGGAAGUGUCAGUUUUAUUGUCAACAACUCCGCUGAGCAGCAUUCUUCAGUGAAUUCCAAUGGGGAAACGGAAGAAAAUGAGUGCAAAAGACCAACCAGAGAUUAUUCACGUGAACAUCGCCCCGGAUUUCAUCUUGUGCAACGUGGAGUACGAGAGUUGCGGCGAGAGUGGUGAGGAAAAGGAGAUGAGAAAGAAGACUGAGACUCCGCCAAAGGAUGGAAGUGUCAUCAAAGAGACGAAGAGCAAGAGGAAGAGUGAGGCUGCCAAAGAGAUCUUCUGCCAGACGUGCGGGAAGAUGUUUACGAGGCAGAGACAUCUCACACGUCACGAGGUCAUUCACACGGGCGAGAAGCCUUUCAGCUGCGAUGUGUGCCAGAAGAGAUUCAACAGGAAGGACAAGCUGGUGAACCACCGGCGUUACCACAAGGUGCCAAAGGAGGAGGACGAAGCGGAGGAGAAUGAGGACAAGGACGAGCUGAAGUGCAACUUCUGCGGUGAGACGUUCAGUGACAAGGAUCAGCUGCGAUUCCACAAGAAGAUUCACGCCAGCUCGCAUGAGCUGCUCACCUGCAUGAUAUGCAAGAAGAUGUGCAGCACCACUGAUGAGCUGCGGCAGCACUACUUCACCCACACUGGAAGCGUGCAGAGCAAGGAGAGCGGCGAGAAGGCGCAGGUGUUCGAUUGCCAGUAUUGCUACAAGAGCUUCCUCAACGGCGAACUCCUGCGGGAGCAUCUCGUGUUCCACGGCAUGACGCCCUUCAGCGCGGACGACGUCGUGCACAAGUGCACCAUCUGCGAGAAGACCUUCAGCCAGGCCGCUUCGCUGCGCCAGCACAUGAUCACGCACAGCAGAGAUUAUCCGUGCACCUGUUGCGAGAUGACGUUCAAUCGCCGAGACAAGCUCAGCACGCACAUGAAGAUGCACGAGAACGCAAAGGAGUUCCUGUGCACGAAGUGCGGCCGCAGCUUUGAGAACAUGUUUAAGCUGGAUCAUCACAUGCGCGUGCACUUCGGGAAGACUGACCACAUGUGUCUGAUCUGCAACAAGCACUUCCAGAUGGCGAAGAAUCUCAAACGCCACAUGGUUGUGCACACAGGCUUGAGACCAUAUCAGUGUGACCUUUGCGGCAACACGUAUCCGAGGAGAGACAAACUCACGGCUCAUCUUAAAGUGCACGCGAACCGAGGGGAGAUGGCUCUGAAGGAUGCCUUUGCGCCGAAGAAGCUUAUAGAACCGGUUUAUCCGGUGUUUUCGGAUGAUCCGACAGUGAGAGAUGAUGAGGAACGUGGUGAGGAAUUAGAAGAUGCUCAAGUGGAGGAGGAAAAACCCUCACCGCUGCCUGGAGAGGCUCUGGAGGAUUCGUCAGAGAAUCUGGGACAGACUCUCAAUCAUCCAUACAUUGAUCCUGACGACGAAGACGACGACGAUGAGGAGAUCUACGACUGUGUUUACUGCUACAAGAGCUUUCUGCAGCGAGAUCUUCUGCAGACGCACUUGGAAGAUGUCCACGAUGCCCACUUGACGGAGAAGAUCUUCCUGGAGCAGGCGCAAGUGUGUUGUCCCAUCUGCAACAAGGAGUACGGUAGUCAGCGGGCGCUGAAGCGACAUCUCCAGACGCACAGCAAGGAGAAGACGUACAAGUGUCCAGAAUGUGCCAUGAGCUUCGAUCGGUUCUAUCCACUGGUGGCUCACAUGAAAGUCCACCAGCGCUCGAAAGCCUUCCCAUGCAAGCUCUGCGGACGCUCCUUCGACGAUGCCACGCGUCUGGAGUACCACAUGAAGAUCCACACGAAUCAGAAGGACUUCAAGUGCAAGAUCUGCAACGUUGGCUUCCAGUCGACGAAGAAUCUGCGGCGCCACAUUCAGUCCAUUCACGUGUCGGAGAAGCCCUUCAAGUGCCCCGAGGAAGGAUGCAAUUAUGCGUUCAGUCGCAGAGACAAGUACAGCGCUCACGUGCGAAGUCAUCAGACGGUGCCGAAGAAGAAGUCGCGGAAGUGCGUCAAGUGCCAGAUGGUGUUCAAGAGCAGUGAAGAGGUGAAGGAGCACAUGUUGGUGCAUCUGAAGUUUCUCGACUGUGAUCAGUGCGAGGAGAAGUUUGCCAGGAAGAAGGACUUGGCGCAGCACAGGAAGUCACAUGAGAAGUCAGAAGAUGUUUCGUGUUCGGUGUGCAGUAAGAAGUUCAAGCUCAAGCGAUAUCUCAAGGCGCACAUGAAGACACACGGGAAGGUGGAAGAGCUGCAACAGUGUGAACAUUGCGAGGAGACGUUCGAGACUGAGAGUCAACUGGAGCAACACACGAAGAGUCACAUUGAUCGCAGUGAAGCCAUAGGACUGAAUGUGUCGAUAGAACAGGAAAGACAGCCUAGUUUAGAAGACAUUCAAACGUCCAGCCAAAAUAGUUAAGGAUAAACAAUUUCAGUAACAUCACGUAAAUUUUCUUUUAUUUAUGUGAUAUCCUUCAG